GAUGUGCUACCAAUGUGCCACCAGCAGCUCGUCCAAUGACUGCAUCACGGACUGGGGAGGGCUGGUCAACACGUCCAGGGGCCUGGCCAAACACUACGCCAAGAACUGUACGGACACGAGGAAAACCUUCGAUCGCUGCGUCAUCGAGUCGGCGGAAGUUGGAGGGAAAUUCAUACUGUACAAUCGGGACUGCCAUGAUGGUCUGAACUUCACAAAAAUUUUCGAGGAUCCAAAAUUUGUCAACUUGCCCCCAAACAACGAAAGCACGUGUGGCCAAGUCAACAACUAUCUCGUCUGCUAUCGAUUUUGUAAGACGGAUUUCUGCAACGGUCCGCAAGCCCCGCCGUUGAUUGUAAAAAAUUGCACAGGCGACGAAGAGAACUGGGAAACGUGUGGAGCGAAGGGAGUUUACUCAAACUCCGGAUUUCAGUUAAUGGGAAUUAUUUCCCUUUUGUUCAUUAUAAUAGUUUUAUCUUGAUUUAAUUUUGUAAAUCUCAUUAACAGGCUGUCCAUUAAAGACGUCAUUCUUUGAGGUUGUGGGAGGGGAUUUGAGACGUGAUUUUGGGGGAAAGA